AUGACUCUCAGCAAGUGGCAAGCCCCCACAGAACUUGCGAGACCAACCCCGCCGGAAGCUAAGUCUUCCCCAGGCCGGAGAACUAGUUCCCACCACCACGCAGCGGGGAAACGCUUCACUGUUCGAGACGGGUUCCACCUAAAAUUCCGCAAUGCGGAGGCGCAGGCUGCAAUCGACGCGCAACUAACGACACGUGGAGAAUCCCCAGAUCCGUUGGCAUUGCCAGAAAGUGAUGAUAAUCUCAACAAAAUCCGUCCAGGGCCUACCAAACAGGAGAUCAUACCGGCUCUUCAAUCACCUAAACGAAUACUACUAACUGAAGGAAAGAGUAACAACAACCUGGAAGGCCAGAACCGUAAUGAUGUGAGUACAGACCGAGAAAAACUUAUAGAUGGAACCAAUUACACUACCAGCACUGCGGUGGCUGUACUCAAUCAACUGCUUCAACCUGAGUAUUCCAACCAAGACUCUGGUCGCACCACUAGCCGUGAAGGAACGUCGGGGGAGGUUCGCGCUGCUCUUAGAGCACCUGCAGAAUGGCUUAUCUAUCGGCAUCGACCGAGCGAAACCAAGCAUCGCAAGCAGCAGAAGGUUGAUAAGUUACUCCAUGAGGUCCUUCACGAACCCCAGGGGUCACAAAAAGUGAUAGGUACGAAGCAAGACGAAGUGCGAGCUCCAAUGAGGCCGCGUUACCAAUCGACGUUGGAUUCGACAUACACUCAGCGUGUUGCUGCAGCACGGCCACAAAAUCAUCAGCAAUGGGAGUACAAACACAAUUGCCAUGGAGAAUUGCUACGACCCCUGACGGAGACGGAGCGGGGACUUUUGCAAAGUCGAGAAGACAACAAUAAGGCCGUGGACAAGUUGCUCGUGUCACUCUUCCAGCCACCAAACGCUUCUGCUACCCGACCAACUGCAGAGACGUCAUUCAUGAAGCCCAAUACCCCGACAAAUAGGUUCUCCACGAGACGAAGUAUGAUGCGACACGAGACGGCAGUGGCUCUGCGUUCUCGUAAUUUGGUGUCACGAAUGAACGAGCUACGCAGUUUGCCGCAGUUACUGGAGCAAAUGGAAGCGCUACAACUGUGGAAAAAGCAGCAACAAAUUGCAGAGCACGGCGUCAACAUCGUGGCCAGGAAUCGCAUCAAUUCGACGUUACAAGUGCUACAGAAGCCACCGCAGACGCCUUUACUCCCUUCAGUUACGGACCACAAAAUGCACCAAGCAAGCAAGCGCAAGCAAGAGCUGGACGCAGCAAAGGAACAGAAUGUCAAGCGUAUCGUGGUUCGCUGGCAGCAACAUCACGAGCAGCGGGUGGAAAGAGCUCGCCGUGUGCAUGUGCAGAGCCGGUGGUUGCUGGUUGUUGCGCUUACUGAAAGCUCCAACAAGUGGCUCACCAGGUUUCACGAGUUUCGCCAGAAGCGCAACGAAUUGGUACGGAUUAUAAUGAUCAAGCGACUGCAGCGAUAUUGGCGACAACGGGCACUCAUACAGCAAAAUUCGUUACAACUGCUUCACUUUGAAUCUAGUAGUCCUCUGUCCUCGGCGUUCUUUCGCAUGCCGGUGGUGAUCCGGGCCGUGAAUAAACUCCAGAUGAGUAUUCGAGCUUGGCUCGAACGGAAGCAUCACCGUGAACGAAAGGAGUGCGUUGCACUGAUCGUGAUAGCGUGGUUCGAGUUCCAAGACGUUAAAUUUCGACGUAUUAUCCUACGCUUUCGGAAACGUGUACGGGAUUUCCAAACCAUGUGGCGCGCUUGGCGAGCGAUCACGGCUGCUCGGAUCAAGCUACUGCUCUUGGUAUGGGCAAAACUGGAGCGCAAGAUCAAGCGUAGACAUGGCGUCGUAACCUUUUCAAUGCCUAACGACCCUCGUCAACUGAAAGGCAGUACUGAAGAAGCCGAUUCGGGGUUGCGAGCUGGAAAAGGCCUGACGAUUCUCGAUAUGCUGCAGCGAUCCACAGCCGAGAGCCCGUUAAACCAGCAACACAAACAGCUGGAGGACAUGCAUCGGCAUUUCCGCAAUGGCGGUUCAGUACACUCGCCCAUUGGUGCAGUUUCUCCAGGAUCAUUCGCACUCCACUCGCCAAUAAGUACAAAUUCUCCCUCCGUUGGGUUUCAAGCUUCAGGAUCGAUUGACAACUCACACGUUCGACAGGAUUUACAGCUGAGAAACAACAUGGAAGAAGAGUUUCAACUCGUCAUGUACGACGUGUACACAACCCGCCAGAAUCUCUCACCCAAAUGGUCAAAGUCAACAAUUGGACCCAAACAAUCGCCUCGUAACUCUUCUCUUCUAAUCCAGUCGUCGCCACUUCAAUUACCGUCUGCAAGCUCCAAUAUGAUGCCUGCUCCUCCGGCGUCGAGAAAGGUUCCUCAUCAGCUCAAAGUGUCAGUACUUCGUAAACUUUUGUCCGAAAAGCGGAAAAUGUAUUCAGACGCUCGAGACCGCGAACGUGAGGCGUGGGCUGCCGCUCGGAAACAAAUGCGCAGUCAGGCAUUCAGGUACGACGUGCUGGAUGAACUAGCAGCGUUUCAGCAACUGCAGGCCAAGUACACGACGUUCUUGGUGCUCCACAGCAUCACAGAGACGGAGAUGGUGCGCCUCAUUCACCAGACUCAGAUCGAGGCCUACGCCGCUGAGUCUGCUGCCACGAAUCAAUUAUCACACCGCAAUAGCAUCCAGGAUGUAGUAGGGGGCCGUCGCAAGAGCCUACUGCCUGGAGUAGUGACCAACACGUAA